UCAGUUCUGUUCUGUUCCUUAGCUAGCAAUGUGGCUGAGUAAUCGCAAUGCGCAGAUUGCCAUUGGGCUAAUGGUCUAUGGCCUAGCCCUCAUUACCCAUACUCUUCCCUUUCCUUGGAAUGAGGGUCUGGAGACAAUGCGUGAUCUAGAAUUUGUGGCUACCUUAAGUCUACUCUUUGGAAUUUUGAAGGCCCAUCCAAAGCAUCGCGCUAAGCUUAUGCUUGGCUGGUUGGUAAUAACAGUGUUCUGCUUUCUCUCAAUGCUCAAUACUGGAGUCAUGAUCAUAUGUCCACGUGUAGACAGAGGACCUGUCUCAUUUAUCUGGAUUUUGAUAUCUUGGAGCCUUGCAGGUGUGGUGGCUCAUUUGUGGAUUAUUAUGUACAACGAAUAUGUAGAAUUGACCAUCGGAGCCGAACAGCCAGUCGAAGAAGUCCACCCAAAGGCUCAAGAGGCACUUAGGAAGCCAUCGCUUUAUCCCAAUACAGAGAAUCUGACGAUUUCGGUUCAUGGAAAGCCAGUCGAAGAAGUCGACGCAAAGACUCAAGAGGAUCUUAAGAAGCCGUCUCCUUAUCCCAAUACAGAGAAUCUCACGAUUUUGGUUCAUGGAAAGAGGAUGGAAAUAUAGUUUUCGAAUUUACAAUCACUCAUUAAACUAACUAGCUUCAAGCUAACCAUUUUAAGUCCGUGUACUAACAAUUUGACCCAGAAAGUAUGUGCAAUAUUGAAAUUUGUGACUAAAGAGUGACGCAUGCAACGAAAGCCCGACAAAGUUGCACACGAGACUGCAGACAGCUUGUUGCACCAAUUGAUUUCAGAAUGCUUCAAAAGAGUUGACGGUAAAGUAAAAAGCAGGGGAGAGAGGAGAACGAAAUGCGCAAUGAUUAAGCGAAAUUGUUAGUCAAAGUUGAGCUGCUAAUUAGAGAGGAAACUACUUGUGGCAAUGUGGCAUCAACAACGCAUUCGCCUUAUGUGAUCAUUUUAAUUAAAAAAAAGUAAGAUAAAUCGUUAGUUUCCAUAUGCUGCCUGUCACUUGACGCUGAAAAGUUGCCCCGAACUUGGUAUACUUUUGAACUGCUCCAAUUUGCAUUUGCCACUUGUUACUUGCAACUUGCCACUCGCCGCAUGCUGCUUACCGCUUGCCUUUUCCCAAUUGGCUUUGCCUGGUGCAGCGUUUAAUUAGCUGAAACUAGAAGCAAAGGCCCAAAGCCAAACCAUGGAAAUUAUGUACUUAAAUUAAAUGUUGUAUAAAUGUGACAAGAAAAUUGUACAAAUAACCAAAAGUCCGAGGCCAAAUCUAAUUUGUAGGCCAACAAUUUUUUUCUCAUUGGCACGGAAAACCCAACUUUUCUAAAAAAACUGAAAAAGAAACACUAAAAAACAAUUGUCAAUUAUUCCUGUGAUUUCAGAGAGAAAAAAUUUUGAAUUUUCGAGCCAGUGAAAUUAAUUCCAUUUAUUUUAUUUAUUAACAACUAAAUAUUGUACAACAUCCCCAAACUAUUUAAUUUAAUGCACUCAAUCUGUGCUCAUGAAAAAUUGAUUUUUAUUUAAAGAAUAUCCAAAUUUGAAAGCAAUUCUGUAGUCAAGAAUAAAAUGUGCGCGAAGUAAACAUAAACAAUGGAAGACCACUCAAAUCUCUCUCAAUUUGAAUUCUUUUGCAUAU